GGCAAAAGCUGGAGCUACGGCAACACUAUUACAGGGUGUGCUCAGCGUGACAUCCAGCACUUAAUCAUUGCAGUUAGUGCAGAUGUGGUUCCUAGUGCUGUGAUCACUGUCAUCCAAGCUCUAAUGGACUUCUGUUAUCUCAUACAGUCACCUCAAAUUGUCAAUGUUGAUGUCAAGUGCCUUUCUGCAGCUCUCAAAGCAUUUCAUGCCAACAAAGAUUCAAUUUUAGUUGGUGCAUUUUGGUGUGGUCAGCAUGGUGCAGUUAUUGAUAACUGGUAUAUCCUGAAGAUUGAGCUUAUGCAG